AUGGUGGAGAACCACACCCAAGUCACCUGGUUCCACCUGCUGGGACUUACAGAGCAGGAGGACCUCAAAGGCAUCCUCUUUGUGCUCUUUCUGUUCAUAUAUUCAGUCACUGUCGUGGGCAACCUGGGAAUGAUCACCCUGAUCCAUGCAGACCCACAGCUCCGCACACCCAUGUACUUCUUCCUGAGCAUCCUCUCUUUCAUAGACUCCUCCUUUUCUACGGUGGACACCCCCAGGCUGCUGGAGAGCUUCCUUGUCUCAAGCCGAUCCACCUCCUUUGCAGGCUGUGUGGUCCAGAUGGCCCUCAUGACCCUCCAUGGUACUGUUGAGUGCCUGCUCCUGGCCAUCAUGGCCUAUGACCGAUUCACUGCCAUCUGCCACCCUCUCCUCUAUCACACUAUUAUGUCCCAACAUCUGUGUGUGCUGCUGGUGGUGACCUCCUAUACUGUUUCUGUUGCCAUUUCAGCUUUGCUCACUGGAUGCAUCUUUAAGCUGCCCUACUGUGGCCCCAAUGUCAUUAACCACUAUUUCUGUGACAUCCCCACUGUGCUCCAUCUUGCCUUCUCCUAUGCUUACACCCUGGUGACCAUUUGCAGGAUGUGCUCCCUGGAUGCCCAGAGCAAAGCUCUCUCCACCUGUGCCUCCCACCUCAGCAUCAUCUGCCUCUUUUAUGGCACCGUCACCUUCAUGUAUGCUUAACCAAGCUCUCACAAGCCCAUGGAACAAAACAACAAGGUCAUCUCUGUCUUCUACACUGUGGUCAUCCCCAUGCUGAACCCUCUGAUCUACAGCCUGAGGAAUAAAGAUGUAAAAUAUGCUUUGAAGAGGAGAUGCCUUUGCAAGCUGUCUUGA